GCAGGCUGCUUUCCUCGAAGUAGUCAUCCCGCCGGACAUCAUCUACGAAGAAACCUCGGGCGACAUGAUGGUGCCGGAAGGCGGGUCCGCCAAGCUGAUCUGCAGAGCCAGAGGGUACCCCAAGCCUCGGAUAGUGUGGCGGCGAGAAGACGGCGCUCAGAUCAUCGUGAGGACCGCACCUGAUAAAGUGGAGAGGAUGAAUUCGGUAGAGGGCGAGGUGCUCACGUUGUCGAAGAUCACUAGGUCCGAGAUGGGCGCUUACCUGUGUAUAGCUGCUAAUGGCGUGCCGCCUACUGUUAGCAAGAGGAUGAUGCUGCACGUGCACUUCCAUCCGCUAAUUCAGGUUCGCAACCAGCUUGUUGGAGCACCGGUGAACACCGACGUCACCCUCCAGUGUCACGUGGAGGCCUCGCCGAAAGCAAUCAACUACUGGACUAGAGAGAGCGGAGAAAUGAUCUUGGCGAACGACAAAUACUACAUGACAGAAAUCAACAACUCGUAUUACAGUGUACACUUGAAAUUGGUGAUCAGGCGCUUCCAGAAAUCGGACUUAGGAGGGUACAAAUGCAUAUCCAAGAAUUCUAUAGGGGAUGCUGAAGGAACUAUCAGACUUUAUGAAGUGGAGUUGCCAAAAAGCGAAGACGACGAAACCGAAGAGGAGCUACAAAUAAUCGAAGAAUCUGAAGAAUCCAGCGAAGACAUGGAACAGCGGCUGUACGGUUCGCAGGGUUCCUUGACCGAGACGGAGGGCAUCAAUCUGGCCCUUAACGUUAGCAGCAGUUGCGCUCUGUUGCCCUUCGGAAGACUGUAUACGGUGGUGUUGGUGCUGCUACGGAUCUACUGACUACCGCCUGCGGCACUCAGUGUAUAACUCGUAUGUGAUAUGUGCCAAAUUUAUAUGUGCUUCGGUUAGGGCCGCUACUCAUAGUGCAUGAAUUGAUGCAACGACGGCUGCUCCGUUGAUUAUGGAGAUGUCAAGUGAAGUCAUGUACAAGUGCAACUUCCGAGAAGUGCACUAUUAGUAGCAGGCCUUAGGUAGAACUUACACUAUAUGGAGGCGGUGUGCAGUUUGAUGAUGAUACUAAACGUUGAACUACGACAUAGUUAUCACUUUUUGUUUUUUUUUUAAUUUUGAAUGUCAUGUCAACAUACAAAUAUGAGUUAGUAACGUUGAAGUCAAGCGACAAACAUGCACCGGGAGGGUGCUGCGAUCACCCGACGAUACCAGUAAAUUGAGUGGUCUUGGCGGCAAAGAUAUAGGCAGGCUCACAGCGAACAUUUUACCACGGGUAUUUCAGUAGCGGCGUUUACGAUUAUUUAACGUUGUGCUUUUACUUGUUUUAACGCAUCAGUCAUUUGGAUAAGCUUCUUUUCAAAUAGGUCGACUCUAUAUCUCAAGACUCGUCACAAGCAGAUCAACUGUAAAAUAUCUACGGUUCGUACAAAGCCCAUCAAAGAGCUUCGACGCCAGGAUGAUGUAUAUAGACGGAAACACCUACUACAAAAUAUGAAAGAUUGAUAUUCAAAUCAAAUUCAACUAACAAAAUGACAUGUCGGUGACAGAAAACAAAGAUGGCGUCUAUGUCAAAUUGACGUUUACUUUCCUGCGUUCCUAUUGAGGCACUGAUGCAAAAAUCGAUAAAUAACUGAAAUAUAGAAUAAUUGCUUUGAUCAAUAAUUGCAUUCCGUAUGGCAUUAAGUCUAGAAAUAAACCGAGCAUAAUCUAGUUGAUGACAGAAUUCGGUGUAAAAUACAGAGUCAACCUACUUGACGUCUUUCUUUAAAAUGGAUUUUGCGAUCUUCCCCAGAACUGCUCGAUAUGUAAUCAGUAAGUGGUUCGACACGCCAUAGAUUUAAGUCUGUUGUGAGUUGAAAUGGCAUUCGGUAGAUGAAGUCAAGUUAUCUGUUGGAUUAUUUACAUGUUAAACUGUCUCUGUUUGACUUUCUGGUGGUGUAAGUUCUAUCAGUUUCGCUAUUACCUACAAUGCUGUGGAUGUAUAUCUCGGUACGGUCACGUUUAGCUGGUCAUACAUUAUUAUAUAAACUUCCGUCGCAAAGUGAAAAUCAAAAGAUGCAAUUAACAAGGAAGACAGUAUUUUAUCACUCAAACCUGAUUGUGGAAAUUGAAUCAAGGAAUGUGAGAAUAUGCAUUUAAAAUUCUUGUGAAAUCGUCCAUUUUGCAUUCUUGACCACCCAGUAUAAACUGUACAAAAACAAAAAGUAAGUAAAUAUGGCACCAUAAAAAUGUUUAAAGAAUCAUUCAGCACUCUAGCCGUAAUAGUUACGGAGGCGAGAGUUGUCAAAGUUCGGUGUUUAUUCGAUGGUUUCUUAAACAUCUCAACAAUUUGGAAAUAGAACCCUAUGUAUGUUACCAAAAUGCUUUCCAUUUAAAAAAUGAUUGGGUCAUCGCAUAAUUAUGAAUCACCCUGUCGAGAUAAAAAUAUUUUCCAAGGAUCAUACUGUUGACUACAAAUUCCGUAAUUAACUUUAUUUAGAUACUAUGCGCAAUAACAUUGACUUCAAUGGAAUUUUCUUACAAUGCACAUAUCAAUUUGAUCUUUGAUGAGAAAUAUCGACCCGAUUUUCUUAUUUCUCUGGCUUUACUGCCAGCCAACUUACGCUUUCGUUAUAUCAAAGAAGGCUGGUUUGAGAUUUUCAAGAAACACACGAACAUAGUCCUUACAACUCAUAAAAUAAGCGAGUCGAUAAUCAACAGGUUCUUAUUCCUCAUUCUAAAACAUAAAGAUUGCAUCAAUUUGACGUAAGCUAUGUAAUAGUAUACGACCCUAAAGGACUCUGCCCUUUGUAAAAAUUAGCAGUAGAAUUAUAUGAACGUUGAAAUGUUUGCAAAGUCAUAGAUGCUUGCAACCUGCAUAUCCAUAUCGGUUUGUUUGUUAUACUUGUACGAUACGGUAUAGUUAGAUUUUAUUUACUCUACAGUGUUAUUAUUUCGACAUAUGUUGUUUAUACUUAAGC